AUGCCACCCAGCCUCUGCGCCAACUGCGAAACUACCCGCGCUGUGAUCAUCCGGCCCAAAAACCGCCAGAAACUCUGCAAAACCUGCUUCCUGACCAUCUUCGAAACCGAAGUCCAUGAAACUAUCACCUCUUCCUCCCUCUUCCACCGCAAUGAGCGGAUCGCCAUCGGCGCGUCCGGCGGAAAAGACAGCACAGUCCUCGCCUCUGUUAUGAAGACUCUGAACGAGCGCUACGAUUACGGGUUACAGUUAUGUCUUUUGUCGAUCGAUGAGGGGAUCAAAGGGUACCGAGACGAUAGUUUGGAGACCGUGAAACGCAACGCGGUGCAGUAUGACAUGCCACUCGAGAUCGUCGGGUACGGGGAGUUAUACGGUUGGACGAUGGACCAGGUUGUCGCGCAGGUUGGCAAAAAGGGCAACUGCACGUACUGCGGUGUCUUCCGACGACAAGCGCUAGACCGCGGCGCCGCGAGACUGGGCAUCAAGCAUGUCGUAACGGGGCAUAAUGCGGACGACGUCGCGGAGACGGUCAUGAUGAACCUGCUGCGUGGUGACCUGCCGAGAUUAUCGCGAGGCACGAGUAUCGUUACGGACUCUGGGGCGUCCGAUAUUAAGCGCAGCAAGCCGCUCAAGUACGCUUAUGAGAAGGAGAUUGUGCUGUAUGCGCAUCAUAAGAAGUUGGAUUAUUUCAGUACGGAGUGUAUUUACUCGCCGGAGGCGUUUCGGGGGAGUGCGAGGACGUUGAUUAAAGAUUUGGAAAAGAUUAGGCCCAGUUCUAUUUUGGAUAUUGUGAAGAGUGGGGAGGAUAUGGCGCUGCUUGUUCCUCCGGAAGUUAAUGGGGGAACCAAGAAACCCGCUGCCGCAGCUGUAGCUGCAGAGGAUGAUACACCUGGAGGCUGCGGUAGCCAAAACGGACGUUCCAGCGGCGGCGAAAUGGCAGAGAUGGAGAAGAAACUAGCCGAAGACGACACCGCAGCAUCUCGCGAAACCGAGAUCCAGCUCCCAGCGGCAGCGCCGAAGAAGAAGACCAAGAACCCCGAUAAGAGCCGGACACCGAAGCAGGUCAAGGCGCAGUCUAUGGGUAAGUGUGAGCGCUGCGGGUAUAUCUCGAGUCAGAAAAUUUGCAAGGCUUGUUCGUUGCUGGAGGGGCUUAAUAAGAAUCGGCCCAAGACUGCUAUUGAGGUUGGGGUUGGGAUGGAGGAUGAGGAGAGCAGCUCGACGCUUAUGAGGCAGAUGGAGCAGGUUCAGUUGACGUCUGGCUAG